CUGUAGUUCUCACAGUUGUUCAGAUCUCCUUUCUUUGGUAUCUUGAUGAGGUGUCCUUCUAUUCAGUCUGUCGGCACUUGUUCUUUCUUCCGAAUCUUUCUGAAUAGGAUGUGAAGCAUUUUUGCAGUUACUUCAAUGUCUGACUUUAUUGCUUCAGAUGGUAUGUUGUCUGAUCCUACUGGUUUUCCACCCUUGAUUUGUCCGAUCGACUUUCUGGUUACUUCAAUGGUUGGUGGGGUGGCAUCUAUAGAGAGAUAUGAAGGCACUGCUUUGAUGUUCAGUGAGUUCGGUGUGUCUGGUCUAUUCGAGAAUUCUUCAGUGUUCCACCCACCUGUUGUGAUUGGCUUUCCUUCUUUUCCUUUGACUGGUCUCUAUGGUUUGCUAUAUCUCCCUGCUAGAUUCUUCGUUGUAUCAUGUGGUUGUCUCAUAUUUCAUCCUCUUGCAGUGUUUUCCACCAUCAUUGCUAGUUCUUACACGUAUUUCUGCUUGUCCGCUUUAAUGCUCCUCUUCAAUAUCUUGUUUGGUUCUGUGUAGUCUGCUUGUGCCUCGACUUUCUCUGCUCGUGUUCGACUGCAGUUAAUUGCUGUCUUGUUGUUCUUCCUCUUUGGACUCUUGUCCAAGGUUUCCAUAGAGAUCCACUCCUUAUGAUGGUGUUUGUUGCGGCUCAGCACCACCUUAAACGUUGAAGUUGGUGCUUCAUUGACCUCUUUCCAGUUGUCCUCCAUUGUGAUUUCUUCUUCUCUCAGCAGAUCUUGUAAGGCUUGGAACCUGUUGUUGAGAGUUAUCUUGAAUUCGUUCAGUUUGUU